AUGGAAGUUCUUCCUCAGUCAGCUGGUGUUCAACAGAAUUCAGAAACAGUUGAUCAUCAUGAUGGUGUAUUUAAAACUUCUGAACAAGGAAGACAAAUAGAAAAUGCCAGAGGUAGUACAGUGGGUGAAUCAUUGCAAAAAGUUGGAGGGCAUCAAGUCGAUAGAGAAACUGGAGCUUCUGAUCAUCUGGCAGAAAUUCAAAGCGAAUCUCAAGAUUUUGAUGAUGAUGAUGACUUGAAUGUGCAGCAUGAACCGAUCAACUAUAGGGAUGGAGAGCCGUCUCUGUCUGAGCCUAAGUGGUUAAAAGACGAUGAAUCUUCAGCACUAUGGGUCAAGUGGAGAGGGAAGUGGCAGGCGGGAAUCAGAUGUGCAAGGGCGGACUGGCCACUGUCAACUUUGAGAGCAAAACCAACUCAUGAUCGGAAGCAAUACUUUGUUGUGUUUUUCCCCAACACUAGAAACUAUUCAUGGGCAGAUAUGGUACUUGUUCGAUCCAUCAAAGAAAAUCCGGAGCCCAUUGCAUAUAGGACUCACAAAAUUGGACUUAAAUUAGUUAAAGAUUUGGGCAUUGCGCGGCGGUUCAUAAUGCAAAAACUGGCCGUUGGAAUGCUGAAUAUUGUUGAUCAAUUUCACAAUGAGGCUCUGGUAGAACCUGCUAGGUCUGUGUUGGUGUGGAAAGAGUUUGCUAUGGAAGCAUCACGCUGCAGUGGUUAUUCGGAUCUUGGAAGAAUGCUUCUGAAGCUUCAAAAUAUGAUUCUGCAGAAGUAUAUGAAAGGUGAUUGGCUGGGCAGUUCUUUUCAAACAUGGGUGCAACAGUGUCAGGAUGCAUGUAGUGCUGAAUCAGUUGAGUUGUUAAGAGAGGAACUGUAUGAUUCCAUUCUGUGGAACAAAGUUAACUCUCUUUGGGAUGCACCAGUGCAACCAACAUUAGGUUCUGAAUGGAAAACCUGGAAGCAUGAAGUUAUGAAAUGGUUUUCAACAUCUAAUCCCUCACCCAGUGGAGGAGAAACUGAACAGAGACAUUCUGAUAGUCCUUCCACAAUGGGACUUCAAGUUAGCCAGAAGAGGCCCAAGCUUGUAGUUCGCCGAGCAGAACCACACGCUCCACAAGCUGAACCAAGCAACCCACCUCAAACUAUGACAUUGGAUAUUGAUUCUGAGUUUUUCAGCAAUCGAGAAAAUACAAACUCCUCUGCUCCUUUGUUAACAGGGCUUUCCAAAGACGAAGAUAUUCAAAAAGGAGCUAAUACACCUGUAGAGUCAACUCCUCGUAGUGUGCCAGAUAGAUGGGAUGGAAUUGUAGUUGAAUCUGGAAGUUCUUUGCUCAGCAAGACUCCUUCUAAAGACAUCACAAUUAGGAGCAUCACGGAUCCUGGUACUAGUAGGAACAGGCAGUGCACAGCUUUCAUCGAGUCUAAAGGUCGGCAAUGUGUGAGGUGGGCAAAUGACGGUGAUGUCUAUUGCUGUGUUCAUUUGGCCUCUCGAUUCACAGGUAGCUCGAAAAAGGCAGAGGCAAGCCCUCCUGUUCAUAACGUAAUGUGUGAAGGAACCACCGUGCUUGGCAGUCGAUGCAAGCACCGGUCUCUUCCUGGUUCUUCUUUCUGUAAGAAACAUGGUCCCAAGACUGGUACUCCUACUAGCAUACCUAAUUUACCUCAGACUUCACUCAAAAGAAAGCACGUAGAAGCAUCUUUCUCCACUUCAGAAACACCACACUGUAGAGAUAUGGUCUUAUUUAAAGAAGCUGAAACUCCCCUUGAAGUGCAGCCUGUCUCAUUCAUACAGUUGGACUCGAGACAGAGUUCAUUAGGUAAAGAGGUGCUACAUUGCGUAGGUUCAAACCCUAUGGAUAAGAACGUUCCUUGCCACGAAACUCCAAAGAGGUAUUCUUUAUACUGUGAUGAUCAUAUCCCAAGUUGGCUUAAGCGUGCAAGGAAUGGUAGGAGUAGAAUAGUAUCAAAAGAGGUUUUUGUAGAUCUCUUGAAAAGUUGUCGUUCAAUGGAGCAAAAGUUGCAUCUACAUACAGCGUGCGAGCUUUUCUACAAGCUCUUCAAGAGCAUUUUGUCGGUAAGAAAUCCUGUUCCCAUGGAAGUACAGCUUCAGUGGGCCCUGACUGAAGCUUCAAAGGAUUUCCGAGUUGGGGAGUAUUUGUUGAAGUUAGUCUGCACUGAAAAGGCGAGACUGGGAAGAAUCUGGGGACUUGGUGCUGGUGAAGAAGAUACUCAUGUCUCAUCCUCUUCCAUUAAAGAAUUGGCAGUUUUACCAAUGCCUCUCGACGAUGAUGAUGAACACUCCAUUAGGUGCAAAAUUUGCUUGGACAAGUUUACUAAUGAACAAGAGCUUGGCAGUCACUGGAUGGAUAAUCAUAAAAAGGAAGCACAAUGGCUAUUCCGUGGGCAUGCUUGUGCUAUCUGCCUCGAUUCUUUCACUAACAAGAAAGGGUUAGAGACACAUGUGCAGGACAGACAUCAUGUGCAGUUUGUUGAACAAUGCAUGCUUCUUCUGUGCAUCCCUUGUAAGAGUCAUUUUGGGAAUGCUGAACAGUUAUGGUCACAUGUCCUCUCGGCUCACCCAGUUGACUUUAGAGUGGCGAAAUCUGAUCCUAAAGAGGCAAUCAGUCGAGCAAUUGAGCAAGAUAAUGGAGCUCCUGUGGAAGAUAUCUCUAACGAUAAUCCAAGUGGUGUAAGAAAAUUUAUCUGCAGAUUCUGUGGGUUGAAGUUUGAUCUACUGCCUGAUCUUGGUCGCCAUCAUCAGGCUGCUCAUAUGGGACCGAAUAUGUUGAGCUCUCGGCCUCAAAAGAAGGGAAUUCGGUACUACUCUUAUCGAUUAAAAUCUGGAAGACUUACUCGUCCUAGGUUCAAGAAAGGUAUGGCAACAGCUGCUGAUAGGAUCAGGAAUAGGGCGAAUGCUACUAUGAAGAAACGUAUUCAAGCUACAAAGUCUUUAAGUACCAUGGAGUUAAAUGCUCUGCCUCAUGUAACUGAGUCAACAGCUCUUGGAAAGUUGGCAGAAUUUCAGUGCUCAGCAGUUGCCAAGAUUCUGUUUUCCGAGAUUCAGAAGACCAAGCCUCGGCCAAAUAACCUGGAGAUCUUGGCUACUGCACGGGCUGCAUGCUGCAGGGUAAGCCUAAAAGCCUCCCUCGAGGGUAAAUAUGGGAUUUUGCCAGAAAGGUUUUAUCUCAAAGCUGCCAAGCUGUGCAGCGAGCAUAGUGUUCCAGUGGAAUGGCACAAUGAGGGGUUCAUUUGCCCAAGAGGAUGUAAAAGUUUUAAGGACCCCAACUUGUUAUCACCUUUAGUGCCGGCUGAAAAUGGUUUUUCCAAAUGGAAAGUGUCAAAUCAUUGUUUCGAUCGUGCCGAUAGUGAGUUGGUGGUGGAUGAAUUCCAUUAUGUUAUUGAUUUGGAUGAUGUUAGGGAAGGGCCUAAGAGAAAGGAAGUCGUCGUUUGUAAGGAUAUAAGCCUUGGAAAGGAGUCCAUACCGGUAGCUUGUGUAGUGGAUGAAGAUCUAUUCAACUCCAUCCAUGAUUCAACUGAUGCUCAAAAUGCUGGUGUCCUGAAGCCCUGGGAAUCUUUCACCUACCUUACAACUGCAUUAUUUCACGAAUCCUGUCAUCCUGAAUUUGAGAGUUUUCAGCUGGGAUGCACGUGUCCAUCUUCGAUGUGCAGUCCUGAAACAUGUGGUCAUGUUUACCUCUUUGAUGACGAUUACGAUGAUGCAAGAGACAUAUAUGGAGCACCAAUGAACGGCAGAUUCCCAUAUGAUGAUAAAGGAAGGAUAAUCUUGGAGGAGGGUUACCUUGUUUAUGAGUGUAAUAGCUUGUGUAGUUGCAAUAAAUCAUGCCCGAACCGAGUACUUCAGAACGGAGUACGGGUGAGGUUGGAAGUCUUCAAAACAGAAAAUAAGGGUUGGGCAGUAAGGGCUGGUGAACCUAUCCUACGUGGCACAUUUGUUUGUGAAUACAUCGGUGAAGUUAUAGAUGAAGAUGAAGCAAAAAAGAGGCGCAUUAGGUAUGGAAAAGAGGGUUGCAGCCAUAUUUAUACUAUUGAUGCUCAUACCAAUGAUAUGAGCAGAAUGAUCGAAGGAGAAGUUCCGUUUGUGAUUGAUUCCACAAAGUACGGGAAUGUGUCGCGGUUCAUAAACCACAGUUGUGCACCGAAUCUUGUAAACCAUCAAGUUCUUAUUGACAGCAUGGAUUCUCAGCGCUCUCAUAUUGGUCUCUAUGCAAGUCGAGAUAUAGCUUAUGGCGAAGAACUGACACAUAACUACAGGUACGAGAUACUAUCUGGAGAAGGACAUCCAUGCCAUUGUGGUACUUCCAAGUGCCGUGGCAGACUGUACUGA